ACUCAGGUUUGAGCAGGAAUGACUCAUAAAAACUUGGUGGUCUUCACUUGUGGUGCCAUCAGCCUGGUAAACAAACACAGAUGGCCACAAAGCUCUGCCAGUGGGGUUUUAACAGGGAGUAGUCUCAAAAUGGAUUGAGGGAAGGAUGAUUGACAAAGUCAGUCAGUCAAGCAGAGGGCCAGAUGAUCGAACAAGAGUAGAAUUUCAGAACAAACAAAGCAAAGAUGCUGUAUGUGCUGAUAGAGGCACAGAGGGCCUGGCUGGACAGAGUGCAGAAAGACAGUGAACUGACAAAGCGAGAGACUAGAGUCACCUCCGAAGACAAAAGAGGCUUUGAGACCCAUCAGUCUGGGUUGGGAGUCCUUAGGCCACCCCUGAGCAAAGAGCCUGUUCCCCCCCUCUUUCAGUCCCGAAUACAAGAUUCUGAGUGGUUCACAUUGAGUCCAAAGGAGAGAUUGGCUUGGGCAAAAGCAUCCAGAGACCCUAGGAUUGCAGAAGGUCAGCAGUCUCCACUGGAGAAAAGGCUCCUGAGUCUUGGUGGUGUGCAUACGACAGCAGCAAGACACUUGGUAACUCAGAAAUGCCGAGAGGAGAGCAGAGAACUCUGCAGGGAGCAAGCCCACUCUCUUGACUACUGGCUUGCGAAAGCAGAGUCUUACUACAAUAAGAGAAUAGUGGAGAUGAUGAAAAGAGAGGACACCAGCGGAGAGACAGAGGUGAGAGUGGAAGAGGAGCCACCCCCAAGCACAGAGGGACAAAAGCUGCGGUGUUGGGUGCCCGAGAGAGAGAAGAGACAAAUAGAAAGGCACAUCCUGAGGACAGGCCAGGCCAGAGAGUUUAAGAGUAAGACCUGGAGACAGACACGGCUCCUCAGUGACAUAACACUACCCAAAAUUGUGCCAGAAGAGCAUGCCGUCCCGAAAGCAGAGAGAAGAAGGCAGGUGAAAGAGAGGGAACUGCUCCAGAUCAAAGGCCACCAAGAGCGCAUGAUUCGAGGGAGGGAGCUCCUGGAGCAAAGACUCAAGGAAAGAAUCUUGAGAAAAAGCCAGAGCCAGAUUCCACCACCGGAGAGGCGUGGUCGCAUGAAGAAGGAGAUCAAAGAGUUUGAAAAGAUUGUUGCAUACCCUCUUUUCCAGCCAUCCAGUACAAGUCGGAUUAAAGUGGAUAUUCUUAGGGAAAAAUCUCCAGACAAAGAGAAAGGGAGCACAAUAUUAAAACCUUAUGGAAGGCGAUUCUUGGCUGUGCCACCCUUUUUGAGAACUCAAAUAGGAAAAAUAAAGGAUCAGUAAAGUUUCA